AUGGAAGAAAUUAUAGAUUUAUCAUAUUUGGACCGCGAAGAAAUAGAUGACGAUGUGGUUGAUGUAAACUUCAAUAUUAUAGCAAUGAUUCGUCAACACUUGCAAAUAACCACUUCAUUGGCGGCAUUAACAAUGUUAUGCAUUGUUGCACACGCGUUGAGUAUCUUGAAUAUGUACUCUACUGAUUGCAGUAGUGAAAGCAAUUACCUACCUGAUAGAGAUCGUCGUAGGGAGCAAUUAAUGUCAUAUCUUGUUCACACUAAUCGAUGCCGCGACAUUAUUAGGAUGGGUCCAGAGGAAUUUAUUAAUCUUUGUGAGAGACUAAGAUCAACAGAGUUAGUUAAGGAUGCCAUUCGUUCGACCGUGGAACAACAAGUUGCUGAUUUUCUUCAUAUAAUUGGCCAUAAUGUUAAGAAUCGAAGUGUUGCAUUUUUUUGGCAUCGGUCAGGCUCGGCGGUUAGCAGACACUUUCACAAUGUCCUGGACGCUAUCUUAAGUUUAGAAUCUGAAUUUCUAAUUCAACCAUCAGGAAAUGAGGAUUGUCUAGGGGCCAUAGACGGUACUCAUGUUAGGGUUAAGGUGCCAAGAAGUGAAGCUGCGAGAUUUCGAGGAAGAAAAGAUUGGCCAACACAAAAUGUGUUUGCUGCGUGUGAUUUUGACAUGAAAUUCACAUACGUUCUUGCUGGGUGGAAAGGCACUGCAUCUGAUUCAAGAAUUUUAAAAAAUGUUCUCGAUCGAGAUGACCCAUUGGUUAUCCCGCAAGGAAAAUACUACCUCGAUGAUGCAGGAUUCAUGUUGAAAACCACAAUUUUGACUCCGUAUAGAGGCGUAAGAUAUCACCUCAAAGAAUAUACACGCAGAGGACCCCAAAAUGCAAGGGAGUUGUUUAAUCACCGGCAUUCAUCUCUGCGAAAUGUUAUCGAAAGAACUUUUGGUGUUUUGAAAAAACGAUUCCCUAUCAUUGCAAGUGGCACUGAACCACACUAUGGGUUGGAGACAAUGACAGACAUCAUACUAGCUUGUUGUAUAUUACACAACUUCCUUCGUGGCGUGGAUAACGAUGAGUCAUUACUUCAUGAAGUUGAUAACGAGUUGAAUGAAAUGGAAGACCAUAAUGUUUCAUCAUCUCAAGAUAGAGAAGAGGACCAUAGGAUUGGUAGUAAUAUUAGGGAUUCUAUAGCCGACCAUAUGUGGCGAGAUUAUCAAAACUCGUUUAAAAUGAAUAGAGGUAAGGCAGCCGCCAUUGAGUCCUCUGCUCCUAUAAGAGAGUUCAUGAAGUGGACAGAGGACAUGGACGCACAUCUUCUACACUGUAUGAUUGAGAAAUCACGAAUCGGUAAUAGGGUUGACGGUAGCUGGACAUCCCAGACAUAUAGCAACAUAGUUGAUCAUCUUCAUAGCUGUGGUGGAUUUGCGUGGAACCCGGUUAGUAUGAAAUUUCAUGCUGAGGACGAAGUUUGGAUGGACCUGAUUCAGUCCAGGCCAACUGCGGCAAAGUGGAGAGUUAAUAGCAUAAAACACUAUGAUUUAAUGGUUGAGUUAUGGGCAGCUGAUCGAGCUACAGGUUCUGGUGUCCGAACAGCUCGUCAAGCACGAAGACAGCGAGUUGGGCCUCGUGUAAGUGUUGAUUUGAACCAAAAUAUUGAGUACACUCCAGAGCAGCCUGAUUGGACGAGGUAUAGAGACCCAACCCCACCAUCUCCUCCUCCAUCUGUAGAUGAAUAUAGUCCAGGACAGACUCAAUCUGUGCCUUCUGUCCCAUCCGGUGGUACUUCAUCUUCACGCGGCUCAAAAAGAAAGGCACCUAUGGUCGAUGUUAUUGAUUCUCAAUUUGAUAAGUUGAUGACCAGCCUGGAUGGUUUUGCUGGUGUGCUUAGCUCAUCAAAUGUUCAUUUUGGUGUGAUCUCUGAUGCAGCCGUGCGUCAAGUAACAGCUAUGGAAGACAGAAAUCAAAUACUCCGUCGCAACUCCAAUUACACAUAUACAGAGGCGGACAUUUAUGAAAUGCUUAGUGCUAUGAACAUUGCUGAUGAAAAUUUGCUAGAGCAAUGUUAUGAUUUCUUAUGUGGAAACCCCACAUGUACAAAGAGGUUGAUGGGACUUCCACCACACAAGCGGUGGAAUAAAUUAUGUAAAAUGAUAUCGGGCGGUGACUGUUAG